UGUUUCGCUUCCCUUAUCCUAAGGUGGGAAGUGCUAUGUCUCCAAAAUGGAUUCCAUCCUGGAAGACAUGGGUUAUGAUUUGGAGGAUGAGGAAGCUGAGGACCUGAGGAACCACCUGCCAAUUAGUGAUGAAAAUACUGUUGAACUGAGUAAGAUGGUAGAAAAUGCAAAGUUAUUUACAGGACCCAAGAUCAAUUCCAGUGAAGUAGGUGGUGUUUUGAAAAACAUAGGGAUAGAACUCACACCUAAGGAACGCUGGAAGCUGCUAAAAACACUGCCAAUUACUUCUGAUGGAAAGGUAUAUCAGAAUCGAUUGCUAAGUGGUUUAAAGACUUUCCAUGGUGGGAAAGUCUUUGAAAAUAAAUUAGAAACCAUCCUGGAAAACAUGGACUGUGAACUUGAAGAAAAAGAAAUGGAAGAUCUACGGAACCAUUUGACAAUUGACGAUAAUGGAAGAAUUUCACUGAAUUCCUUAAUGAAUAUAAUCGACUUAUUUUGUGGUGAGAAGAUUGAUGCCAGUGACAUACAACUUUAUCUGAAAGAAUUAGGUAUUGAGCUAACAGAUCAGGAAAAUCAGGAACUAUUGGACACACUGCCAUUGGACGAAAAUCGAAAGGUGUAUAAAAAUAGGCUGAUGGAUGGAGUGAAAGCUUACAGAGGAGGAAAGGUUAUUGUUGAUAAAAUAGAUGAUGUUCUUGAAAACAUGGGAUUCUCACUUGAAGAAGAAGAAAUUGAGGAACUGUGCAAACACCUGCCAAUUAAUGAUGAGAAAAGAGUUCAAAUGGAUUCACUUCUGAGUGAAGUAGAUGAAUUUUUAGGAAAAGAAAUUGACCAUGAGGACCUGGAAAACAUUCUUAAAAACAUAGGAUUAAGACAUCGCCUGAAGGAAAACAAUGUCUUAAUGAAAAGUUUGCCAAUUGAUUCUGCUGGAAGGUUGUAUAAGCAUAGAUUGCUGGAUGGCAUAAGGUCUCUCAAAGGAGUAAAAGUUGAUUCUAAAGAGCUAGAACCCUUCAUGAAAAAGAUGGGCUUUGUGCUUGAGGAAGGAGAAUACAAAGAUCUGACAAAAAACCUGCCAAUUGACGAUUCAGGAGAGGUUAACAUGGAUGCAGUAAUGGAUGAAGGCAGUCUUUUUACAGGUGAAAAGAUUAAUGUUAGUAACCUGAAAAACUUUCUGGAAAAUAUGGGGAUAAAACUCAAAGAAGAUAAAGAGAUGCACCUGCUGAAUAAUCUGCCAACUGAUAACAAAAAAAGGGUAUAUAAGAACCGAUUGAUGAAAGAAUUGAAUAAUCUUCAAGGGACAAAGGUGUCUUCUGAUAAAGUGAAAACUUUCCUGAAAAAUGCAAGAAUUGACCUCAAGGAGAAAGACACCCAAAUACUUAUGGACCACCUACCAGUUGAUGAUAAAGGAAAUAUUGAUUUGAAUGUGUUGAUGGAUGAAAUUAAAAAGAUUACAGGAGAGAAGAUUCAUGUUGGGGAUGUGAAAGAUUUUCUGAAAAACAUGGGAAUAGAGAUGACAAAUAAGGAAUACAAAAAGCUUCUGAAAAUGCUGCCAAUAUCUGAUGAUAAAAAGAUAUUCAAGAAAGAAUUACUGGAUGCUGUGAAAUCCUUCAAACGAGGGAGGGUUAGUAUCAGUGACAUAAGAGAAGUUCUAGAAAACACUGGAUUCACACUUGAAGAAAAAGAAAUCAAGAAUCUGCAGGCCACCCUACCAGUUGCUGAAAAUAAAAAGGUCGACCUGAAUGUGUUGAUGGAUGCAGCAAACACUUUUACAGGAAAAAAGGUUGAAACCAGUGACUUAACAAAUGUGCUGGGAAACAUGGGAAUCAGGCUCACUGAAAAAGAACAGUCGAUGCUGUUAAAAACUCUGCCAAUCAGCAAAGACGGAAAAGUGUAUCAGAAAAGAUUACUGGAUAGUAUAAAGCCUCUCCAAGGGAAAAAAGCCCAUGUCAGUAACCUGGAGACCCUUAUGGAGAGCAUGGAAAUUGAACUUGAGAAGGAGGAGUAUAAGGAACUACUGAACCAUCUGCCAGUUGAUGAGAAUGAACUGGUUGAUUUGAAUGUGGUGAUGGAUGAAGCAAAAACAUUCACAGGAGACAAGAUUGAUGUCAGUAACCUGGACAAUGUGCUAAGGGAAAUGGGGCUGGUACUCACUGCUGAAGAACACAAGGAACUGCUGAAGUCUAUGUCCCUUUACCCUAGUGGGAAGGUACCCAAGAAUAGAUUGCUAAAAGGUGUGAAAGCCCUCAAAGGCCCACGGGUCAAAGUCAAGAAAGUUGAGUCUCUUUUGGAAAGCAUGGGAAUUCAAAUCACAAAUAAAGAACACAAGGAAUUAAUGACCCAACUAUCGACUGAUGGUGACAGAACAGUUGAUCUGAAUGAAUUGAUGGAUGCUGUCAAUUACAUCAAGGGAGAGGUGAUUGACACCCAGGAUUUAGACAACUUUCUAGCAAGUGAGGGAAAUGAGCUCACAAAAGAAGAAAUGAAAGAGUUGAUUCCUCACUUGACAUAUAACGGAAAUGGAAAGGUUACUGUGCAGUCAAUAAAGGAGGGCCUGAAGAAGAUUAAAUACAGAGUCACUGACCACAUGGAAAUUUCGGAACUUAAAUCAAAAUUCAAGCUGAAUCCUCUAACAAAAGUACCUCUCUCCCCCAGCAAGAGGUAUAAAGAUUUUCCAGAAUCUCUUCAAUGCCAAUCACAACACAAAGAGAAGAAGUUGAGCCCUUCACAAGUGGAAGCCUUCCAACAUGCCUACAACUUCUUCAACAAGGAUAAAACUGGCUGUAUUGAUUUACAUGGAAUGAUGUGUACUUUAGCUAAGUUGGGAAUGAAUCUAACCAAGCAUGAAGUCUACAAUGAAUUAAAAUGUGCUGAUAUUGAUGGAGAUGGGAAGGUGAACUUCUCAGACUUCAUAAAGGUGCUAACAGAUAAGAACCGCUUCUUCAAAGCUGUAGUUCCGGAAAAGGGAAUCUGUUCAGAUUUUGCUGGCAACCCAGGGAUCCUAUUGUUUGAAAUCCUAUCAAAGCUUGUAGAGACCUCAGCCCUACCGCGAAAGGCUAUAAUGGAAAUAGUAAGCUAUUUUCGAAGAAAAUUCCAGGACACUGGCACAGGAAUAUAUUGGAAUCCCUAUACUAUGGGUUAUGGAAAAAGGAGACUCAGGCCAGAUAUAUGCACACCUCCAAGCUCAAGCACAGCUGCCUUUGCUAAUGCUGCCCGGAUGACAAUAAUGAAAGAGAAGGAUUUGUUUAAAUUUCUUGAAGAGCUCAAGAGAUGCAACUCCCCUUCAGAUAGCCCAUAUUCAAAAAUACCCAUCUUUCCCUUGUUUCCUAACGUGGACGGGGUGGUGAUGGGAAAGCCAUUCAAAGACAUGCAGAAAUUAGAAAUGCUAAGGAGAAAGGAGCCUCUGAAUUUCUUUGAGGACUAUUUUUUUCAUAAAAGAGACUGGAAAGCACAGGCAGCAAACAUAAAGCCCAUCGACCCUGCCUCCGGCUAUACGAGUGACAUACUCGCCAUUGAUCAGACGUUCAAGAGGAAGCAGACGUGGACGGUGGCUGAUGCAGCUGCCAUUAAGCAGCACGUGAAGAGAGCUACUGAUAACUAUAAUUUAGGAAUUGCCCUUGAGCAUCGAAGAGAAAUGCUAAACCUCUGGCGGAAGAUCCGAGGGGAUUUGAUUGGGAUAGAGACUAAUAAUGAGUCCUUUUAUGACACCUUCUCUACUUACACAUGGUCCUGGAAUGUUUGCCAAGAAUUGCUUUCUCCUAAGGACUUACGGUUACAUGAUGCCUACAUGAACAGAAGCUCCUUCCACCACUCUGGCUUCUCUUCCUCACCGGAUAUCAGUGAGCGCGACACAGAGACAGGAAGGAAAAGGAAAAGGAAAAGUUUCAAAGGAUUUCGACAAUGAAAUUUCUACGUUUUCUAAACAGCUCAUCGUAAACUACUUUUUCAUAGUUAUCAAAAUUAUGCUUUCUUGAUUUUGUCUGGUACAUUCUUUGCAGCUGGAAAUUUUGACAUCUUUUGGAUUCUGACCAGUAAAAUUUAAGUCAUAAAAUGGUUUCCCUUUUCUAAGUCUCUACUAGCAAAUAGGCGCCUAGCAAUCAGCUGCAGUCUGCUGCCCCCAGCUGGCUAAAAGCUGCCUGCGCCUCAGCAGGGAGGAAGAGAUCUGGCCUUUGAGCUAAGGACUCGGCAAGUCAUGAGCACCCGAGGUUUUGGUAUCACUGUGAAAGAGACCAGAGACGACAGAUGAAAAAGACCUUUCAUUUUCAUGGAAUAGAAUCACCAGCACCCCGGGACCCUUCACUAAAGUGGGUGUUCCCAGGUUCCUCAGUCACACACCUGCACACC